GGGAGGGAAGCUUCCUGGAGCUGGGGGAGGUUCCCAGAGGAGGGUCUAACUCGGCUCCAGGAGCAGCCCAUACAGUUGAAGAGGAAGUCCUGUCCCUCCUCAGUCUGGACAGGACUAGCAGGUGGACCAUGGUACAUGGUAGGAGCCCCUGGCUAGGGGGCCAUCAAUUCUGCCCAUCCCUAGCUCUGACCCCAGCACUUGGGGGCUUGGGCUGGCUGUGUGUGUGUGUGUGUGUGGGGGGGUUAUAAUACCCCCCUGAUCGUGGUGUCCUGGGUGGUCUCCCAUUACGACCACCCCUAAGGCCAACCCUGCCUGGCACUGGGAGCCCCCAAGUCCUUCCCUUGUUCCUGGGCAGAGGAUGCCUGAGAUACGUGACAGGUGCUGGGUGGAUGACUGGAGCAGAGCUGCCAGAUGACUACCUGAAGACACUCAGCAGGCUUCUGAGCCAUAGUAUAACAGUGGGGGCUGGCUGUGACAGCUUCUUGGCUCCUUUGCCCUCUCACUGGCCCUGUCCCCCGCUGAGAUGAGGGGUCAUAUGCAUGUCCUACGGGGCCCCUCACUCUGACGGACACAUGUUAAUAGUGGGUCUCUGCCUAUUAUGGGUGCACUAGUGGGUCUCAUGGAAAAAUGUUUGGGAACCCCUGGUGUAACUUAUCAUAGGUGAACUGGUAACAAGCUGGUAACCCUUGCUCCAGAUCAGUGCAUCAUGGAAUCUUGUAUGAUUUAUAGCCCAGUCCCUGUAGGGUGGGGUUGGGGAGAGGAUGGAGCUUCUCUGGGAUUUUCUGUUCAGACUCUGGGUCUGGAAGGAGUAACAGCACUAACAUUAAUGAACAAGUUCAACACUUGUUUCCUUGCCCACCCCUCCCAGCAGGAUUUCCAGUUUCCAAACCAAACGUCCUUUCCCAGCUGGAACGAGGGGAGGAGCUGUGGGUCCCUGAUCUCCAGAGCCACAAGGAAAGGGAGAGCCCAAGCAAUGCCCACACUGGUGAUGGGACAGUGAAUGAGAUUGAGGAGGAGAAUCCUCAGCAGGAAGGUCCUGAGCGAGUGGAACCACAGGGGAUGGUAUCGGGAAGAGGUGAAGGGCAUGUUUCCCAGAGUCCUGAGGAGGGAGAGGCCCGUGAGAGUCAGAGCAGCGCAGAGAAGCAUCGGGGAAACCUCUCAGAAGGGAGACAGAGUAAAUCCACUCACAGGAGCAGAGGAGUCAAGAAAGUCAAAGAAACUAUUCAACAGAGAAUCCCCAUUAGAGAGAGACCCUACAUGUGCAGUUACUGUGGGAAAAGCUUCCAAUACAGAUCAGAACUCCUAGCACAUCAGAUAUUCCACACAGGAGAGAAACCUUAUGAAUGUCCUCACUGUGGAAAAAGUUUCAGUCAGAGCUCAGCCCUUAUUCAACAUCAGAGAAUCCACACAGGAGAGAAACCCUACAAAUGUAAUGAGUGCAGGAAAAGCUUCCGUUUGGGCUCAGACCUUCUAGCACAUCAGAGAAUCCAUACAGGAGAAAAACCCUAUGAAUGCCCUGACUGUGGAAAAAGCUUUCGACGGCGCUCAACCCUUGUUUCCCAUAAGAGAAUCCACACGGGAGAGAAACCCUACAAAUGCAAUGAGUGCGGGAAAAGCUUCCGUUUGGGCCCAGACCUUCUAGCACAUCAGAGAAUCCACACAGGAGAGAAACCCUAUGACUGCCCUGACUGUGGAAAAAGCUAUCGACAGCACUCAGCCCUUGUUUGCCAUCAGAGAACCCACACGGGAGAGAAACCCUUUAAAUGCCCCCAAUGUGAGAAAAGAUUCACUAGGAAGUCACACCUUAAUCAGCAUCAGAGAACCCACACGGGAGAGAAGCCCUAUGAAUGCCCCGACUGCAGGAAAAGCUUCAGUCAGAGCUCAAGCCUUAUUCAACAUCAGAGAAUCCACACAGGAGAGAAACCCUAUAAGUGCAAUGACUGUGGAAAAGACUUCUGUGACAGAUCAAGCCUCCGCAGACACCAGAGGAUCCAUACAGGAGAGAAACCCUAUAAAUGCCAUGACUGUGAGAAAAGGUUCAGUCGGAACUCAAGGCUUAUUAGACAUCAGAGAACCCACACAGGAAAGAAACCGAAUAAGUGCCAUGAGUGUGGGAAAGGCUAUUAUGAUAGCUCAAGCCUCAGCAGACACCAGAAAAUCCACACACGACACAAACCCUAGAAAUGUCCUGGCUAGGGAUGGGCUAUGUCAGUAAAACCUUUGCCGAUUCCCACAUAUCUAAGCAGGUCAGGCCAGGCUGAAAUGGCCCUGUAAUGAGGACAUGCCAUUGUUCUUAAAGCAGAGAGUGGAAUCACUUUUCUGGAACAGAGCUGGCACAGCAAGAGGCUAGGCCUGAGAUAAGAGUCCCAUGUUGCGAUGGGAUUUGAUUAUUACUUCUGGAGAAGCUCUGAACAUCCUCCAUUCAGGUCCUUCAUUUAAAUUUUGAGUUCUACACCUAGGACCCUAUUUUUAUCAUAUGCUGGGACUUCUCAUUUCUUCUUGAUAGUGUUUUAGGCUGGGAUCCACCAGGGGACUUAGGCGCUGGGACACUGAACAUUCCAACACAUAACUUUUAGGCACCUAGAAGAUCACAGGAACAACACUGAGUUCCAUAAACCCGAAUCAGGUGACUAGGCUCUCAGUACAAUCAAUUGGGCAAGAUGGGCAUCUUAGAACUGGAUUCACAAUAGCCAGCCCGCUGGGUGGGGAGCUACUUUAUCUAGCCAACAGGAGAUGCCAACAAGAGGGGUAUGUCCUAAACCCUGCCCCUCUGACGGAGAUAGGCACCUAUCUCUGUUUGUGCUUUAUGAACUAGUGAAAUUAGACACUUCCCUGCCAAUGAAAUCCAUCCCAGUAUGCUUGUUCAGUGGCCAGCUAACUUCCCACAAAACAGCUGGGGGGUGGUGGUGGUAGAAACUCACUCAUAAUCUUUAACCCCGUGGUUGGGGUACUCGCACACAAUGUGGGACAGUCCCAGUUCAAGUCCCCCUUCCACUUGAUGAAGCAAAAUGAUAUGAACAGGGUCAUCUGCCUGUCAGGACAGUGCCCUAACCAGUAAGGGUAUGUCUACAGAGCAGCUAGCCACCCCCAGCUGGCCUGUGCUAGCUGACUUGGGCAUGCUGG